CUCCGGGAUUUCAUCGCCACCGGCAUACAAUCUUUCCGGGACUGCGACGCCACCGCCCUGGCCGCCGUCGCUUGCCUCCUGGUUCUCUUCGUGUGGUACUGCUACCACGUGGGGCGGGAGCAGCCCCGCGCCUACGCCACCGUCAACGCCCUGAUGCAGAGUGCCGAGGCCAACGGCGUGCAGAACGGGUACGUCUACUGCCCCUCGCCCGAGUGUGUGCGCUGCACGCACCACGACGGGCUCAACCAGAAACUCUACCACAACCUGCAGGAAUACGCCAAGCGGUACUCCUGGUCUGGCAUGGGCAGGAUCCACAAGGGCAUCCGCGAGCAGGGCCGCUACCUCAAUAGCCGGCCAUCUAUCCAGAAGCCAGAAGUCUUCUUCUUGCCAGACUUGCCAACCAUGCCCUAUUUCUCCCGGGACGCUCAAAAGCACGACGUGGAGUUGCUGGAGCGCAACUUCCAGACCAUCCUGUGCGAGUUUGAGACCCUCUACAAAGCUUUCUCAAACUGCAGCCUCCCGCAAGGAUGGAAAAUGAACAGCACACCGAGUGGAGAGUGGUUCACCUUCUACCUGGUGAACCAGGGCAUGUGCGUGCCCAGGAACUGCAGGAGAUGCCCACGGACGUACCGCUUGCUCGGGAGCCUUCGCACCUGCAUUGGCAACAAUGUCUUUGGGAACGCGUGCAUCUCCGUGCUGAGCCCGGGCACCGUCAUCGCCGAGCACUAUGGACCCACCAACAUCCGCAUCCGCUGCCCCCUCGGUCUGAAGACGCCCAGCAACUGUGAGCUGGUG